AUGGUACUAGGAUAUUUAUAUAGAGUAAUUAAAAAUGAAAUAGAAGAAGAUCUUUUUAUGCUGAAAGAAAUUUUAUUUUAUCAUGCUGAGCAAACUAAGUAAAUGUAUACUGAUAAAAAGCAGCAAAAUAAGUUGAAAAAGAAAAUAAAAAACGUUUAAAGCUAUGAAGAGUGGAAAAUUUAUGCUCAACAGUUAGAUAACCUCAAAAGAAUUAAGCAAUGGAAAGAAAAGGCAGUUUCUAAAGACUAUGAUUACAAAUAUAUAAUAAAUUUAAAAAAUAAGCUAAGAAGUAAACGCCAUGGCUCAAAUUCACAGCAGAAUGUAUUAGAUUUAGUAGAUUUGAUAAGAUCUCAUCCUUUCAAAAACAUAGCAAAUAUUCUUAAUCCAUCCUUAUAUUAGCAAUGUUAUUUUGGAACUAAAUAAGUUAUACACGAUUUUAUAAAUGAAUUAGAUUUAAGCAUCAAGUAUAUAGCUUAGUCUCAACACCUUGAUCUUUCAGAGAAGCUAGAAUUCUUCGCAGAAGUAAGACAUGCUCUUGGUAGAACUGCUAUGAUUUUCUCAGGUGGUGCAUUUUUAGGAUUAUAUCAUGCAGGAGUAGCAAAGUCAUUAUUUGAGUAGAAUUUACUCCCUCGUAUAUUAGCAGGUUCUUCUGCAGGAAGUAUCACUGCUGCAUUUAUAGGAACCACAAAGUAUGAAGAUUUAGGAAAUUACUUUGACAGAGAAUAAAGGAAAAUAAAUUACAGUGCCUUUUUACAAAGAGAUCCAAGAAAUAGUGCUUUUAGAAAAAUAAUCAGAUUUUUAAAAGAAGGCUAUUUUAUGGAUAUGAAUAUUUACAAGAAAUUUUUGAGAGACAAUUUAGGUGAUAAAACAUUUUAAGAAGCUUUUGACGAUACAGGAUUUAUUUUAAAUAUUACUGUAACUGGAGCUGGUAGACAUACCUAAGACAGAGUAUUAAACUAUUUAACGGCACCAAAUGUAGUCAUAUGGUCAGCAGUUUGUUGUUCCUGUAGUCUGCCAUUCGUUUUUCCUCCAUCAGAUCUUUACUUUAAGAAUAGGAACGGUCAGCUUAUAAAAUAUAUAGAAGAUUCAAAGUUUAUUGACGGUUCAAUAGCAUUUGAUAUUCCUCACAAUUAACUCUCUGAAUAAUUUAAUGUUAGCACAACCAUAGUUAGUUAGGUUAAUCCCCAUGUAGUUCCUCUUCUUAAUCAUACAGAAAAAAUAAGAUACAAAAAUAAAUUAAUUGUUAAGAUUCUGAAAAUUUUAGAAUUCAUCAAAAUGUUAAUAUCUUAAGAAGUUAGGCUGAGGUUUAAACAACUUAAUAGCUUAGGAAUUUUACCUUUGAGCUUGGUGACUGCUGUAAGAGUGAUGGACUAGAAUUACGAAGGUGAUAUUACUGUAUGGCCAAUUCCUAAAUUAACAGAUUAUCUAAAUCUACUAAAAAAUCCAACUUCAUAGGAAUUUAUAGAGCCUUAUACUGCAGCUGGAGCAAGAAUGACUUAUGGAAAAAUUCCUCAUAUAGAAAUUUUGACAAAAUUUGAAAGGGUUAUUGAAGAAAAUUAUUAAAAUAUAAAAUAAUUAUAUUAUCAACAAUAAGGAAUAUAAUAAAAUCCUUAAGGUUGCUUGAAAGAAAUAGAGGAUGAAGAAAAUGAGUUUAAAUAAAAGAAGAUUUAAUAAAAUAUACCUAGAAUCUAGUCCUUUCAGAACCCAACAAGAAAAGACAUUUGA